AACUAGUGUAGCCCGUCGUGGGGAGUUUGUCGCACACUGGCCGAACUUUUCGGCUUCCUCUCCCAACCAAGAGGCAAGGAAGAAGAAGAACGAGCGUUGUUUUUCUUCCUCUUUACCCUAGGAACCUUCCUUGAUCCGUGUUCCACCACAAGCCAUCAAAAUGUUGAUGCCCAAAAAGAACCGUGUGGCCAUCUAUGAGUACCUCUUCAAAGAGGGAGUCAUGGUGGCCAAGAAGGAUUUCCAUGAGCCGAAGCAUCCCGACCUGGCUGACUUGGGCAUCCCUAAUUUACAUGUCAUCAAGGCUCUUCAGAGUUUGAAGUCCCGUGGAUAUGUCAACGAGCAGUUCGCAUGGAGGCACUACUACUGGUAUCUCACAAAUGAAGGAAUUCGUUAUCUUCGUGAUUUCCUUCACCUCCCCCCUGAGAUCGUGCCCUCCACCCUGAAGCGCCAGAGCAGGCCCGAGCCCGUGAGGCCCCGCACCUCCGCUCCCCGCUCGGAGGGCUCCAAGCCCGCUGCCGACCGCGAGGCGUACCGGCGGACUCCCGGCGCCGCUGGCGGUCCAGACAAGAAGGCUGAUGUCGGUGCCGGCACUGGCGAGGUUGAAUUCCGUGGUGGUUUCGGAAGAGGACAGAGGCCGCCUCAGUAAUAUCUUGUAUAAUAAAAUUUAAACAAAACCAG